UGUCCCAACAAGGAUGCAUUAUUUAAAGACAAGACUAGAAGAACCAAAAAAAAUUAUUGUCUGUAGUGAAAUUGAAAAAUAACCACACCUUCCUUUUUAUAAAGAGUAGCUCAAUUCGAAACAUCCUGUAGAUAUGUAUGUUUGGCUUCCUGUAGUUCCUGCGCUAUUUUGCAGAAAUAGCAGGAGUAUUAUGUACCUACAAAAGAUUUUUAGUGUAAAAGUGUAACUAUGGUUUUGUUUUAACUUUUUUUGAUAAAAUGAAUAUCUUUAAUUGUUCUCAUAAUAUCAAUAUAAGAGGAUUUGAAGAUGAUGAGGUUGUAACGUAUCCAUUAAUUAGAUUAACGGGAACGGUAGAGUGGAAUGAAAAUAUUCAAUCCUGCCAAGAAGAAACUUCGAAUUUAAUACUAUUGAUCAAAAAUUCUAAUGCCAAAUUAAAAGUUAGCUGUUACGACAAUAAAUUUAAAGUGUUAUUGGAGUUAGACGAAGGAAGAAAUGAAUUUUGGUUAACGUAUGGUUGUCGAAGUCGGAGUAUUAUUCUUAGUUAUAGCCCGUUGAAAAGUGAUUAUCAAGUGACGCCUUUAUAUGUAAUAUGCGAAGGCCAUAAUGGAAAAUUUCAAGCUCCAUCCAAUGAGAACAAUGAUAUCCAAAGUGCCUGUGAUAGAAUUUUACUUGCUACAAAAUUGCUACAAUGCUUCUCCGCUGAAAAAAUGUUCGAGAAUGGUUUAGGUAGGAAAACAUUUAAUAUUGAAAUGAAAUGUCAAAUUUUCCACAGUAAGGUUAAAUGUCAGGAUGUUCCAAGUAUGAAUCAGCAGCAACUAUGGGAAAGUAUAGGUAGAGAUAUUAUGACAUCUGAAAUAGGAUCAGAAAAACAGAAAUACUUAGCCUUUCUGUCCUGUACAAUUUAUCACGGUGAUGGAUAUACAGAUUCCAUGAAGACUCAUGAGGAAUUAAUCAAUAUUACAGACGGAUAUGUUGCAUUAGGCGGAGGUGGCUUAGCUCUGUUUGGUACUGCUUGUUUAUAUACAUGGCCGGAGAAAAUUGAAGAUAUAAUUUGUAAAUUUGAAGACGAGACGCUGGUUGACAAAAGUAAAUUCUUAGAUGACAGUUGCUAUAGAGGUACUCUUGGUGCUUGUUUUUCUACAACACUGGGUUCCGUUUUACACGAACUUUAUCAUACAUUUAAUUUGGGCCACACUCAAAACGGCAUUAUGGGACGAGGUUUCGACAAUGUCCAAAAUUUCUUCCUUGCGAAAUCUCAUCUGCCUGGAAAUGAAGAAAUAACAUCAAAAAGCUUUCAAGAUCACAUUGAAUUUAAAGAAGAAUUUGAAGCUAGUAAGUUAUCUGAGAGAUUACUUAACGAAAAUAAAAAGAAAGAAUACUCCAUUAUUAAGAAAUUCGAAGAUGACCAUUGCACUUUUUUAACCAAAAGCUGUGCUGUGAUGUUGUGUUACCACAAAUGGUUUAAUUCCAGUUCAUCAGUCACAACUUCAUAUACUUUGACUUAUGACCGGUCUAAUAAAUUUAUUAGAUCAACUGCUGGCAUUAGGGUUGUUGAAAUAAGAACUGAAGAAGACGAAAUGAUAACUUAUGAUUGGACGUUUGAAGGCAAAGUGUUGAAAUUUUCUUUCCAAAUUCCAAUUGAAGUGUUUCAAGACAAAAGAAAUUAUUUACUAGUUGUAGAAGACAAUUUAGGAAACAUUUUAAAAGCAACUGCUUAAUCCGUGCCAAAUUAUUCUGAUUUAGAAUAGUAUUAGAAUUUUCAAAAAGUCAGAAAAUGUUUGAGAAAAUUGUAAUCAACAGAGACGGGUUUGGUCCAGAUGGAUAUGAACCCACCGACCUCUCUCCGGUACGGGUACUGAUUUGAUGUAGUAUAUGUUACAACAGAUAACAUAAUAAUAAUAAAAUUAUAUAAGGAUUCUUGCCACUUAACUGCUUAUAUAGAAAUUUAAUUCUACGCUGUGUUUGUCAUAAUGUGGAUC